AUGGGCGAUUACUCGAAUGCGCUUGACUUUUUGAAUAAAGCACAUAAAAUAAAAGAAAUAGCUGUACCUUCGAAUCAUCCUGAUAUAGCAAAUUCCUACAGUAACAUUGGCCUAACUUAUAACAACAUGGGUGACUACUCAAAAGCACUCGAAUUUUACGAAGAAGCAUUUAAAAUAAGAGGAAACACUUUGCCUUCAAAUCAUCCCGAUUUGGCUACUUCAUACAACAGCAUUGGUCUUGUGUAUAAAAACAUGGGUGACUACUCAAAAGCACUAGAAUUUCACGAAAAAGCACAUGAAAUCUACGAAAAAGCUCUACCUGCUAACCAUCCGCAUUUGGCGCUAUGCUACAACAACAUCGGAGAGGUGUAUCAUCAUAUGGGUAAUUACUCAAAAGCACUUGAAUUUUACGAAGAAGCAUUUAAAAUAAGAGCAAACACUUUGCCUCCGAAUCAUCCAGAUUUGGCUACUUCCUACAACAACAUUGGUCUUGCAUACAACAAGAUGGGUGAUUACUCAAAAGCACUUGAGUUUCACGAAAAAGCACAUGAAAUCUACGAAAAAGCGCUACCUCUGGAUCAUUCCUAUUUAGCUCUAUCCUACAACAGUAUCGGAGAAGUGCAUCAUCAUAUGGGUAAUUACUCAAAAGCACUCGAAUUUUACGAAGAAGCAUUUAAAAUAAGAGCAAACACGUUGCCUCCGAAUCAUCCCGAUUUGGCUACUUCCUACAACAACAUUGGUCUUGCGUAUAAUAACAUGGGUGUUCACUCGAAAGCAUUAGAAUUUCACGAAAAAGCACAUAAAAUCUAUGAACAAGUUUUGCCUCCGGAUCAUCCUUAUUUGGCUACUAAUUACAACAACAUCGGUCUUGCCUAUAACAACAUCGGUGAACAUUCAAAAGCACUUGAAUUUUACGAAAAGUCACAUGAAAUAAAAGAAAAAUCGUUGUCGGGAAAUCAUCCUGAUUUGGCUCUGUCUUAUAAUAACAUCGGAGAGGUGUAUCGUCGCAUGGCUAAAUACACAAAAGCACUAGAGUUUCACAAAAAGGCACGUAAAAUCUACGAGAAAAUUCUGCUGCCGAAUCAUCCCUUAAUGGCUGAAUCGUACAAUAACAUUGGUCUUGUAUAUAAUUACAUUGGAGAUUACUCGAAAGCAAUGGAUAUUUUGAACAGAGCACAUCAAAUAAAAGAAAAGGCUGUGCCUCAGAAUUAUCCCAAUUUGGCUGAAUCCUACAAUAACAUUGGUAUGGUGCAUAGCAACAUGGGUAACUACUUGAAAGCACUUGGGUUUCACGACAAAGCAAAUAGCAUCUUUGAGAAAGUAAUGCCACCGAUGCAUCCAUAUUUGGCUAUUUCCUAUUGCAACAUCGGGCUUGCUUAUAGCAACAUCGGUGAAUACUCGAAAGCUCUAGAAUUUUACGAAAAAGCACUUAAAAUAGGGCAAACGUCUUUACCUCAGAAUCAUCCCGAUUUGGCUGUUAAUCAAUUGAACUUUGCAAUAUAUUACGAAAGAAUGGGCGAUUAUGCAGCAGCUCUGAAGGCUCUUCAAAGUGCUUUUGGGAUUCAAGAAAAAAUAUUGGAAGAAGAUAAUCUAGGUUUGGCUUCUACUUAUGGUUGGUUUGGAAGAGUUUAUCGGUCUUUGAAAGAAUAUUCAGUUGCACUUUUUUAUUUUGAAAAGUGCCUUGCAAUACGUCAACAAAAAUUACCCAAAGAACAUCCGCAUCAGGCUAUUUCAUACACUAAUAUAGGCGAUGUUCAUCGGUUAAUGGGAGAUUAUGAAACGGCACUUUCGUUUCAUCAAAAAGCGUUAAACAUUCAAGAAAAUGUUCAAUGUAAUCCUCUGGAAUGCGCAAUGACACACGUUUAUUUAGGCGAAACCUAUCUAGAACUGAAGGAUUAUUCAUCAGCAGUGACAUACUUUGAAAAAGGAAUGCUAAUACGUGAAAAGAAGCUACCAAAAAAUCAUCCUGAUUUAGCUGUUAUUCAUCACAAUUUGGCAAAAUUAUAUGUGGCUACUCGACAAUAUAGUCUGGCGAUGCAAAAUGUCCAACAAGCAAUAGAAAUUGCUCAAGAAAAGCUGCCUUCAAAUCAUCCUCAUCUUUUGGAUUAUAAAGAGACAUUAGAAAAAAUACAAAAAAAGAUGUAA